UAAUAUCGCCAAAUGUGAAUUCCGAUCGAAAAGGUUGUGUAAAAGUAAUAUUUGGCCUAUAAUUCCUGCGUUUUCUUAAAAAGAAAGACACUAAUAUCACAUACAAUGGAAUUUGCAGCCUCAGCACGUUGUGGCAUUAAAAUGCUACAGCUAGCGCAGCCCCCAGCCAUGCAAGCGCUGUUGCAAUUACAGGCCCAACAAUUGCGUCACCGCCAAACUAAACACUGGAAUCCGAAAUUCAAGAAGCUACGUGCCCAAAAAUUCGUCAAGGUGGAAUUACCCAACUUCCAGGAGAAACCUGGCGAUCUGACGCAGGACGAAAUACGGAGUCGAUUGAAAGAACGUGGUGUGCUGCCACCACGACCCUGGUUGGAGCGUCCAUUCCAUAUAAGUUGCACCGGAGGUAUUUUCGAAGCUUAUGUGCCGCCAGAGGGUGAUGGCAAAAAGUCAUUCAUUUCCUCAGCGGGUGCCAAACAAAAGUUCGAAUUUCUCGAGAAGAAAUCAAAAAGUGUUAUGGCCGUGCGUAAAAUACGUUCAUACGAUGAAGAUUUUAGCACCAGUGACUUUACCAGUCAGUCUCAGGACGUCUAUAUUGCAGCGCACACUCAAAUGGCAGCGAAGAAUAAACAUGAAUUGCGUGAAUUUGUAACGGAGCGCUGUUAUCCCGAAAUGAUGCACAAUGUGCGUGAUAAGACCAUACACUGGAGCUUCAUACAAUCAUUGGAGCCGCCACGCGUCGUACAUGCACGUGUGACGGAUAUCAUAAGCAAAGAAAAUUUAUAUGCGCAAGUUACUGUGCGCUUUCACACACAACAAUUGUUGGCAAUUUACGAUCGCUUUGGACGCUUAAUGCAUGGCAGUGAGAUUGUAGCUAAAGAUGUGCUCGAAUAUGUGGUUUUCGAAAAGCAUAUCUCCAAUGAAUAUGGGAAAUGGCGUCUGCACGCUAAAAUCAUACCUGACUGGUUGCCACCAAAGGAGCCAGCACCAAUUACUUAUCAAGUAAUUGAAGAGCCAGAAGAACCAAUAGAACUGUUACCCGAAGGUGACAAGAAAUUAGAAAGUGGUGCAGAGCAACAAACACAACAGCAGCCGGCGCAGAUUGCGGCAGCAUCGGCAACGGUGUCAGCUGUGGAGGCGGGUAGUGAAAGCAAGGCAAAGGCGACGACGACGCCGCAAAGUCCGUCCAUUUGAUUAUACUAUUUGCUGGCAGGCCUUAGAAUAAAAAUGUUGAAUUAUCGAACAGGCAAAUAAAAGUUCAUACAAAUACUGAAA